AUGUUUAGCAGUCGUUCAAGACAUUCAAAUUACCAUCAAACAAAUCGAUCUUAUUAUGGCAUUAUUCUCCUACUUGCUGAAUUAGGUCGCUCAUCACAUUUACCACCGAUAACACUCGCGAUUAUUAUUCUCAAUGUAUUAAUUUAUUUUGACAUAUUUCCAUUAUUUGAUUUAUCGAGUGAUUUACAAUCGGUCUGUGUUAGUACAUAUACUGUACUUGAUCAAGGAGAUUAUAUGCGUAUUUUAUUAGCUCCAUUUUUUCAUGGUGAUGAUAUGCAUUUGUAUUAUAACAUGGCAUCGUUUUUGUACAAAGGACAACAACUUGAAACUCUAUUCGGUAGUCAAUAUUUUGCACUUUUACUUACAAUGCUGACAUUAUUGUCGAGUCUCAUGCUUGUUCUACUUGGUCAAUUAGCAUCUAGUUUAUUAGACAAUCCUGAAUAUUUAUUUACAUGUGCUGUUGGGUUUAGUGCAGUUAUAUUUGCAUUAAAAGUGAUAGCAACACAUUAUACACCAGCGUAUGGUUCAAAUACAUUUCUAGGUUUUAUUCCAAUAUCAGCGAAAUAUAUUGUAUGGGUUGAACUUGUUGUUAUUCAAUUGAUUACACCUAAUGUCUCAUUUCUUGGUCAUUUAGCGGGAAUUUUAGUUGGACUCUUAAAAAAUCCUUCCAUUCAUGAAAUUGAUUUCGAAGCAUCGGCUUCUAGUUUUUGCUUGAUUUCAGCACCAUUACGUUCGGCUAUUAUUCAUUCGCAUGCCAGAUGGAUACCAACGGGUGUUACUGUCGCUGGAGGAUAUGGACGCGGUGGAUCAAAUAAUCAACUGUGGGGCGCGCAUGGUUUAUAUGUUGAUAAAAAUAAGAAUGUUUAUAUUGCUGAUUUUGCGAAUAGUCGUAUUAUUGAAUGGAAACAUGGAUCAAAGAUUGGUCAAGUCGUUGCUGGUGAGUCAGUAGGAACAGUGGUUGCAGGAGGAAAUGGAAAAGGCAGUCGACUCGAUCAACUCAAUUCCCCACGCUUUCUCUUUGUCGAUCGAGACUAUUCGGUGUAUGUAGGAGAUAGAGAUAAUCAACUUGUUAUGAAGUGCCCUAAAAGUGCAAAAUCAGAUAUUCUUGUGACAGGUGGUCAAGGUCUUGGAUCCGAUCCUAUACAAACGGCAUGCGUCAACGGAAUCGUUGUUGAUCAAUUGGGUACUUUAUAUGUGGCAGAGGAAGGACAUCAUCGAGUAACUCGUUGGGUCAAGGAAGCUACCGAGAGCAUUGUGAUUGCUGGUGGGAUUGGUAUUGGAGAACAAGCGAAUCAGUUGACUAUACCUUGUGGUUUAUCAUUUGACAAGGACGGAAAUAUUUAUGUGAUCGACUACGGAAACUAUCGAGUUCAAAGAUUUGAUAUUGAUUGA